AGCAACAAUGAAUAUAUAUUCAUUAUUCAGGACUACCUGUCAAACAAUAAAAUUUAUGGCUCCAAAACUAUCAUCAAUGGAACCAUUCACAAAAAUUAUACAUCGUAAUAUGCAUCAUAUAUGUGAUAAACAAUAUUCAAAUAAUUUGUCAAAUAUGUAUAUGAACAAAAUUAGUUCAAUAUUACUGCAACCAUCACUACCAAUGUAUAAUAUCAUAUGUGGUUUGAAAAUGAAGACUAUAUUAAAACGAAGGUGUAAACAUUGCCUAUUAAUGUGGAGAAAUGAUAGGGCAUACAUAAAAUGUAAGGUAAAACCAAAGCAUAAUCAAGUGGAAAGGAAGAAAAAGGAAUAUAAAACAUGGAUAUUGACACAUGCUUCACAAAGUAAAGUAAGGGAAUGGUAGAUUAUUAUAUACAAAAGGUAACAUUUGAAUUGUACUUUAAAAUAAAAUCAUUUUAAGAUAAAAAUU